AUGUAUUUUUUCACAGUUGCAGAAAGUUUGUCGUCAGGAUUUUGCAUAAACCUUUCAACGCACUGCCUUAUACUUGAAACAAAACAAUCUAUUAAAGCUGGUGAAGAAUUAACAUGCUUUUAUGAAAAAGAAUAUUUUGGUGAUAAUAAUGAACGUUGUCAGUGUCAGUCGUGUAAAAAAAAUUUGCAAGGUGCUUUUCGUAUUGAUAAAAAAAUAUCAGAUUCUCAGAUCAAACAAACAUUUACAGAGGCAGAGAUAUUUUCUCUACAGUUAAACAAAUAUAAGGACAAAGUUGACAAAUAUAUCAGUCAGCAGAUAAACUAUGAUGAACUAAAAAAUCAGAGAAAAGCUAAUGGACAAAUAAAGAAAGGCCUUAAAUAUGAUACCAAUCUUUAUAGAAAAUUAGUGUAUUAUAUUAGUACUAAAAAAUUGAUAAAAUCAGAUAUAUUAGUUCUAGAAGAUGAACAAAUACUGGAGAUUGCAAGUCAUGUAUAUAAAAAUAAGCAUUGCUCAACUUAUAAGGCUUUAAAACAUUUUAUUAAAAAAUAUAACAAUACAAUUAUCAAGGAUGUUCAAGGAACAAUAAAAAAUCAAAAUAUAGUCAUAUUUGCUCCCGGUGAUAUUACUCUUCAAAAUUAUCACAGUCAAAUUGCAUAUGCAUCGAUAAAUUUAUAUCCUAUCGAGUUAGCUGAAUGCCUGUACGAAGAAAAAAUGAUGCCUUUGAUUCAGAGAAGAAAUAUUUUAGCAAAAGUAUUACAAAUAGAUCCUACAAUGAUUCUAAAAGCUGAUUACCAAAAAAUUUAUAAUGAGUUUCGUAUGUACAAAAUACAUUUACAACGAGUUUGCCAGACACUAUUAAAUGCAGAGUUUACAAUAGAUUCAAAUCAACUUUCAUCUUUAAAAGAAGUGAAUAUUCUACUAAUACGUCUCACCGAAGAUGAAAUCAAUGCAUGGAAAAGUAAAUCAAUCUCAACAUCAUUGGAAAUUGAAAUAUCUAAUGAGAUUACUUCUACCACGAUAACACAGAACUGUGAAUCAAGUUGUGAAUUGUUGCCUUUUUCAUCUAUUCACAAAGCUCAGGUCGAUAUAUUCGAACCAAAAAAAAGUGUCAAAACGAGUUAUCAAAAACAAACCAAAAUGCCGAAUCCAUGGACAACAAAAAAAUACCAAUUAUUUCAAAAUCAAGUAGAAGUGGAGAUAAAUAAAGCUCUUCUUGUAGGUCUCAAGUAUGAUGAUGACAAUGAACAGAUCAUCAUGUUAAGAAAGCUAAUUAUUUUUUAUUUUACUACUGAUCGAAAUUAUGAUUUAAAUGUAUACAUGAGCUGCAGUAGUAUGCAAACAUCUAAAAAGGUGAAAGAAAAUAUCGUAAAAACAAUGUAUGGAGAAGUGAAAACCUAUCUCAUUUCUCUAUUAGAUAUUAAUAAACCAUAUAGGUACAUAAUAAAAAAAAAAGUGAUCUCUUUGAAAAAUUUCUUUGGUAGCCAUUACGAAAGUUUUGUAUAUUCCGCUCUCGAACAUUGCCGUUUUGAAGACAUUGAAAAUAGAUUUUAUAAAGUUACAAAUCAAUUGAUCGAGAAACAGAGAAAAAGUGGAGAAACUCAAUGAAUAUUAUUUGAAUAAGCAUUUUAUUUAUGUUUAUGAAUAAAUCUUGUAAAAAGUAAGGAGCCUAAAAUCUGUUAUAACUUUUGCGCCUUGACAGUAAUCGACAUAUAGACUAGCUUUGAUAAGAGUUCAAUCAUGUCUAUUUUUAUACACUAGAAUUAGACAGCGCGCUUCGCGCACUCUAAGUUUUAUUUUGAAUUCAAAAGCAUUGGAAACUAUUGUUUUUGUAUUUUUUACAUUGAAAACGCUUACGUUAAAUAAUUAUACCCUUUCUAUGAAUUCUUAAGAGCUUUAAUUAUAUUGAAAUAUAAACUGUCUAUAAACAAAUCAUUUAAAAAAUAAAUAAAAUACAAUGUCAAAAUCCUCAUGUAUGAAUUAUUCUUAUCUGUAUACGUCUGUUUCCUGACGCUCACAUAAUCCUGAAACUCAUGUUUUGUGACAUCGUGACAUUACCUGU